CAGUUGAAAAAUCUAACGAAGACUAACAAGUUACAGUCACCAUGGAUGAGCUGUUGUUCAUCCUUCUACCAAGGUAGGGUUAUAGUUACGGAUAACUCCUUCCACAUGAACAGUUCAGGUUUCCAGCGUUUUAGGGAAAUCGCCUCUGCUAACCGGAGCAACCGACAGUUUUACGACAAGAAAAUACUUCUGAACGCUGUGAAAAUGUGGGAAAUUCAGAUAAUCCGAAACUUAAUUCGAAAACAAGAACACCUAAUACACAGAAAUAUCAUUUUUUGGCAUAGUCCAUUUUCAACUCCGUACUUUAAAUUGAGAAAAAACACAAGUGGAAAUAAUUCGUUUAGUUCCCCCGUUCUCCGUUCUUUUCUCUCUCCACUCAGCUGGAAGACUUCACCCAUGGACGUGAAUGCGGUGUACAAGAAAAACGAGAACGAAAUUCACGUUUCAGCCGCCUUGAUCCAGAUUCCCUUCCACAAUACUUCAUACCCAAAAGCGAUAAAUUUCGGAGGAUUAGGUUUUGUCAUCGGUCAUGAGAUCAUGCACGCAUUCGAUUAUCAAGGUAAAUGUGAUACUUGCAACAGAUUUGACGCUAAUGAAAAUUUAUAUGAGAACGAGGCGUUUAACUGCUAUCUUGGCCCCUUUCCUGACAUGUCUUUGAUAUUCCGGUAUUUAGUGAACAUAUUUACUCCAGCGCCACUAUAUGGGGCUAUCAGUGCUUCUUGGAAUGAAUGCCGGUUGUCAGCAAUGCGUUGUGAAAAUAAUUUUGCCCUGGAUAACAUAUGUUAUGGAAGUUCUGUAUCCAAAGGUACACGAAAGCAAUAG